AAGACCUUGGGUGGAGGGUGCUGGGGGAGUAUUUCCUGCACUUUCUCUCCUACAGAUGAGUAGGUGGGGUGAACCUAGACACCUGGGCUCCUUUUUGGGCCGCGGUCACCAGCUGGCGGCCGGCCCCUUGACCUCAGUCUGUCCCUUCGGACAUUAUAGCUGCAGCAUUGGCAGUGGGUGUAGGGUAUUCCAGGCUGUAGACUCAAGUCACUCGAUACCCCCGGAUCCCUUCGCUGCGCAGGACGGGGAGAGGGGCCCGGAUCGAGUUGCCUUUGACAUUUCCACCCCCACCUUACCCCUGGGAAUUGUGUUGGACAAACAACUCAACGUGGAAUGGCCUCCCUUCAGUUGGGUUGGGCCUGACCCUCCCCGUUAGAGCUAGCUAGAGGCCGGAAGCCAAGAUUGAGGUUGACCAUCAAGUGGGGAGAGGCUUGGCUAGGGCAAACCCCCACCUACCAGCCUUAGCCGGUGGUUGGCCAGAUGGCGGAGGCGGCAGAUUACAGGGGUCUCCAGGGCCACCGUUAACACCGGAACCGCAGUCCCUGUACCAGAUGCCAUUAAAACUGCCACUUCCCACCCCCAAGAAGCCUUCCUGGAGCCAGCAGCAGCACCAGCCCUUGGGAGGACAGGCCUCACCAUGCCCACAUCCACCCGAUGGAAACCUGUCCCACCCCUUUGGCCACAAAGCUCCUCUCCUCUACUGCAUUCAGAGAGCCAGUAAUUAUCUCCCAUUCCUAAAACUUACCCUGUGGGGGUUAAACUGGGAUUUUGGACUCAAGAAACCUUGCUACCUGAGUGACUUCAAACAAGCUCCUUUUUCUGUUUGGGCCACUAUUUCCUCAUCUGUAAAGUGGCACUGCUGCUAUGCACCCCCCAACCUGGUUCAGCGUUAUUGUUAGGGUUCAGGGCCUGUGGGUUUUUGUUCUUCACCAAAGAACCUCAGAACUGUAGUAAGAAAAGAUUCUUAGAACCCAAGUGUUUGAAAAGGCUUUUGAGGACACCUUGGUGGCCUCUCCAUGCCUCCAGGGGUCAUUAGAUGGUUGGCUUAAUAUGAUAGUUUUGAGGAUGAGCUAUCUCUCUUAUAUUAGAUACAGACCCUUUCUCCCUAGAUGCCCAGAAGGCACCAUGGUUGUCUUGAAUGAAUUUUGGUGGCCUGGUCUGCCAAAGCCUGCUUUGGGUCUUGCUUAGCUUAAGGGCUUAAGGGUGUCCAUGGUGGCUCAGAUUCUUUACCUUCUGAGCUACCUCUCCUUUCAGAGUUCUAAUUUUGGCAAACAGGGUGCCCAUGAGAAAGGGUAGGUAAGGUGCAGACAGAACAUCCUGGUAAGAGUAAAGUCUUGAGAUCCCAGUAUACAAAUGCCCAAAAUACACACUUCUUUCUUACAAAAGCAAAUGUAAAUACUGUGGAAUGAGAAGGCUCAGUGCCACCUCUCUCUUCCCCUUCCUGAAUCAGGCCGGCCAGGUUCAGAUUGGCUUUGUCGGGUGCCCGCCUGCCCGCUCCUUCCUUAACUGGGGGCUGAUGCCCCAGAAUUCUCAGGAGAAUUCCCAGGCCUACCCCCGCCGCCGCCGCUCUGGGAGCCACACAGGUUAUAAGACUCCCGAGUCCGUCGCAGCCGCAACCAUGUACACCUUCUUGCCUGACAACUUUUCCCCUACCAAGCCCAAGCCGUCCAAAGAGCUGAAGCCGCUGCUGGGCUCCGCGGUGCUGGGGCUGCUGCUCGUGCUGGCCGCGGUGGUGGCCUGGUGCUACUACAGCGCCUCGCUGCGAAAGGCGGAACGCCUGCGCGCCGAGCUGCUGGAUCUCAACCGCGGUGGCUUCUCCAUUCGCAACCAGAAGGGCGAGCAGGUGUUCCGCCUGGCCUUCCGCUCGGGCGUCCUGGACCUGGAUUCCUGCAGCCGCGACGGCGCCCUGCUUGGCUGCUCUCGCACAGCGGAUGGGCGCCCGCUGCACUUCUUCAUCCAGACCGUGCGACCCAAGGACACAGUCAUGUGCUACCGCGUGCGCUGGGAGGAGGCGGCUCCGGGGCGCGCGGUGGAGCACGCCAUGUUCCUGGGCGAUGCUGGGGCGCACUGGUACGGCGGCGCCGAGAUGAAGACCCAGCACUGGCCCAUCCGCCUGGACGGCCAGCAGGAGCCACAGCCCUUCGUCACCAGCGACGUCUACUCCUCCGAUGCCGCCUUUGGCGGCAUCCUUGAGCGCUACUGGCUGUCAUCGCGCGCGGCGGCCAUCAAGGUCAACGACUCGGUGCCCUUCCACCUGGGCUGGAACAGCACGGAGCGCUCUCUGCGACUGCAGGCGCGCUACCACGACACGCCCUACAAGCCGCCCGCCGGCCGAGCCGCUGCUCCCGAGCUCAGCUACCGCGUGUGCGUCGGCUCGGACGUCACCUCCAUCCACAAGUACAUGGUACGGCGCUAUUUCAACAAGCCGUCCAGGGUGCCGGCACCCGAGGCCUUCCGGGACCCCAUCUGGUCCACGUGGGUGCUGUACGGGCGCGCGGUGGACCAGGAGAAGGUGUGGCGUUUCGCCCAGCAGAUCCGCCAGCACCGCUUCAACAGCAGCCACCUGGAGAUCGACGACAUGUACACGCCUGCCUAUGGCGACUUCGACUUCGACGAGGCCAAGUUUCCCAACGCUAGCGACAUGUUCCGCCGCCUGCGCGACGCUGGCUUUCGCGUCACGCUUUGGGUGCACCCGUUUGUCAACUACAACUCUUCCCGCUUUGGUGAGGGUGUGGAGCGGGAGCUGUUUGUGCGCGAACCCACCGGCCGGCUGCCGGCUCUUGUGCGCUGGUGGAAUGGCAUCGGCGCAGUGCUCGACUUCACGCGCCCCGAGGCCCGCGACUGGUUCCAAGGACACCUAAGGCGACUGCGCUCGCGCUACUCCGUGGCCUCCUUCAAGUUUGACGCUGGCGAAGUCAGCUAUUUGCCCCGGGACUUCAGUACCUACAGGCCGCUGUCUGAUCCCAACAUCUGGAGCCGGCGCUACACCGAGAUGGCGCUGCCCUUCUUCUCGCUGGCCGAGGUCCGCGUGGGCUACCAGUCCCAGAACAUAUCAUGCUUUUUCCGCCUGGUGGACCGCGACUCGGUGUGGGGCUACGAUCUGGGGCUGCGCUCGCUCAUCCCCGCGGUGCUUACCGUCAGCAUGCUGGGCUACCCCUUUAUCCUGCCGGAUAUGGUGGGUGGCAACGCUGUAUCUGAGCGCUCAACCAGCGGCGGCGAUGUGCCGGAGCGCGAGCUGUACGUGCGCUGGCUGGAAGUGGCCGCCUUCAUGCCAGCUAUGCAGUUCUCCGUUCCGCCCUGGCGGUACGACGCUGAAGUGGUGGCCAUCGCGCACAAGUUCACGGCGCUGAGGGCCUCUCUCGUGGCGCCACUGUUGUUGGAGCUGGCGGGUGAGGUCACUGACACGGGCGACCCCAUCGUGCGCCCCCUCUGGUGGAUCGCGCCCGGCGAUGAAACGGCGCAUCGCAUUGACUCACAGUUUCUUAUCGGAGACACGCUGCUCGUGGCACCCGUACUGGAGCCGGGCAAGCAGGAGCGGGAUGUCUACCUGCCCGCAGGCAAGUGGCGCAGCUAUAAAGGUGAGCUUUUUGACAAGACACCAGUGCUGCUCACCGAUUACCCCGUUGACCUGGACGAGAUCGCUUACUUCAUCUGGGUAUCCUGACCCAGUCCAGGGUCCAGAAACCUAGCAGCCCUAACCCUAGUCUUCAUGUAGGCCUUUAACCCUCAAAAUCACAACCGUGUAUCCCCCAGGAAGUCCCCAACUUUAUACCACCCACUAAGUGGGUAAUUGACCUAAAUGUGCUGGAACCGGCUGCUGUAGUGCGGGGGAGAAGACACUGAAGCAACCACCCCCACCCCCAACUCCAGUGCACAAUUGUUACAGCCGUCCUCUCCACCGGCACUCCAGUCUACAGAAACUCCUUCCCUUGGAUGGGGGCAAGAGAGCUCAGAGGAAAAAAAUCAGCUCUCUUCUUGUAAAACACAGUUGGGUUUUAAACGCACAGAGAGGGGGACUUUCCGUGGUGGUCUAGUGGUCCACUGCAGGGGGCUGGAGUUCAGUCCCUAGUAGUGGGACUAAGAUCCUGCAUACCACAGUGGCCAAAACAAAAACAGAAAGGCGCAGAAAGAAGCCUCACCUUCCGUCUUUGUCCUUCUGAAGUGGAGACUUGGUCCUCUUGAAGGUCCCAAAAUAGCCUCCUGCCACACUUAGAAAGGGCACAUUCUUGGUGUUGGAAAGUGCCAGGCCCCGAGUUCUCAGCACUCGCCUGACCUGUGGCUGACCUGGUCCCACCCAGCUGGCUACAACGGAUGGAGGUACUUGGCCAACUGACAAGGAGGCAAGUGGUCCCCUCCCAAAGGCCGGGAGGACAGAGCCAUCUUCAUUGUCCCUCAUUUGAGAAGAGACUCCUAACCCCGUCCUAAGGCAUCUGUGAACACACAUGAUGCAGCCCUGGGCCAGGGCCACUGCCUGAUGGGCAAAGACUCGCAAGGCCAUGCAGGCCAGACUUGGUGCCUUAACUCAAGAACCUGUGUGUGUGUUCUGUGUGUAUGUGUGUGUGUGAGACAGAGAGGCACCACGGUCCCUGGGUCUGUGGAAUUAACACAAUACCUCUGAGGCUGCAUAAGCCUGGAGGGAGGGGGCAGGGAGCAAACUUGAGGUUUUAGACUUUGAACCUGGUCCCUUCCUAGGUGAUGCCCCUGGGACUCUCAUAGAAAAUAAACAGCCCUGUCCAGAUUUCGCAGCUGCCUCACUCCGUAUACACAUGGCAGAGGUGUGGCUUAAAAGGGAGCCAUGUUAGGGAAUUCCCUGGUGGUCCAGUGGUUAGGACUCCACGCCUCUUCCACCACAGUGGGCGCAAAUUUGAUCCCCAGUUCAGGAAUCCCACCAGCUGGGUGGGAAAAUAGGGGGCAGAAAAGACAAAAAAAAAAGGGGGGAGGGAGUGGGGAAAGGAUGUUUUUAUUCUGGCGGUGGUGUGCUUCAGCACACAAACUAUUGCAUACAGCGACACCCACAAAUAAUACACACAGGGUAAGAUUUUUCAUUUUAGUAAUUUUUCUUUGCUAAGAAGAGCAGCCAGAGAGUUUUUUCUUCCUUUGCAGCUGAGUCUGGGGAAGGAGUGGCUUGCCAGCCAUGGAGAGGUGGGAAAUAGGGCAGGGUUCAGCUUCCCUUAACAGCUCUGACAGCAGAAUCAGCCCCUCACCCCCUAGAGAAUGCAUCUCUGCCCACUCCUCCAUCCCCUCGAUUUUCUUUGUGAAGAAUUCUAGUGAAACUUUAGGAACACUCACUCCUGAUUGUACCAUUCAUCUACAAACUGUGUGGCCUUGAGUAAGCUGCUUCACCUCUCUGAGCCUCAGUUUCUUCAUCUAUAAAAUGGUGAUAAUAAUGCCUACCUCCCAGGUUGUUGUGGGAAUUAUAAGCACAGAUGUAUGUAAAGUGCCUGGCACAAGUAGGUGCUCAAUAAAAGCUAUUAUAGUA